AUGGAGACCGAAUUUUCCGACGAAGUUGCCGCCCUUCUCUGCCCUCCAUCUCAUGCUCAAAUCCAGGAAUACUUCGAGACUCUUCUUGCCGAAAGGAAGUGCUCUGGGCUUAAAGUAAAGCCAGAAGGAGAGCAUGGAAAAGGAGUAUACAGUGCUGUGGAUUUUGAAGAAAAUGACCUUGUUUUGAAGGAUCAAAUGCUUGCCGGUGCACAGCAUUAUUCUAAUAAGAUUGAUUGUAUGGUGUGUAGCUACUGCUUUCGAUUCAUCGGCUCAAUAGAGCUUCAAAUUGGGAGGAAAUUGUAUUUGCAAGAACUAGGCAUUUCUGCAGUUGAUGAAUGUGGGCCAUCUGACGGAGCAGGAUGUAGUGGUUCCUCUGAAAAAAUCAGUCUCCCCCAAGAUACUGUAGAAUCCUUAAUGAACGGUGGCUUGAAGUUGCCCUAUUCAGAGAAUUUUCCUCUGCCUGUUGUUGUUCCUUGUCCAGGAGCAUGCAAAGAGGCUUAUUAUUGCAGCAAAUCUUGUGCGGAAGCUGACUGGGAGUCAUUCCAUUCUUUACUUUGCAUUGGACGAGGAUCAUCAUCAUCAUCAAAUACAGAAGCACUUGUGAAAUUCACAAAGCAUGCUAAUGAAACAAAUGAUAUUUUCAUCCUUGCUUCUAAGGUGAUCUCAUUUAUCAUUCUAAGAUACAGAAAAUUAAAAGCCACUCAACUUGAACAGCAGGGGAAGCGUGAUUCUUCUAAUGGGUACAACAGUUUAAACUUCCCUUUGUUGUUGGAGGCAUGGAAGCCAGUCUCUAUGGGAUUCAAAGACAGGUGGUGGGACUGCAUUGAUCUGCCAGAGGAUGUAGAUUCUUGUGAUGAAGUUGAUUUCAGAAUGCAAAUAAAAGACUUGGCAUUUGAGUCACUUCAGCUCCUGAAAGAAGCCAUUUAUGAUAAAGAAUGUGCUCCAUUAUUUUCUCUCGACAUCUACGGUCAUAUCAUUGGGAUGUUUGAACUGAAUAACCUUGAUUUGGUCGUGGCAUCACCCGUGGAGGAUUACUUUUUGUACAUUGAUGAUCUUCCACGCUCCCAAAAGAAAGAAGCUGAAAAGGUCACAAAGCCAUUCCUUGAUGCUCUUGGGGAGGACUAUUCCAUUUCAUGCCAAGGUACGGCCUUUUUCCCAAUACAAAGUUGCAUGAACCAUUCUUGUUAUCCUAAUGCAAAAGCAUUCAAGCGAGAAGAGGACCGAGAUGGCCAAGCUACUAUAAUUGCCCUGCGGCCCAUUCUAAAAGGAGAAGAGAUAACUAUAUCAUACAUAGAUGAGGAUCUUUCCUACGAGGAGAGGCAGGCACAACUUGCAGAUUAUGGCUUCAGAUGCAAAUGUCCCAAAUGUAUCCAAGAACAACCAUAA